GCCACCGUUCCAGUCGGAUGUGUGCUUUUCUAUUUUGUUUGAUUAGUACAUUAACCGGUCCUCGUGUAGUGGUGUUUUUGCUCUCUUGGUUUAAUGUUAUAGCUUGUUCAGUAUACCGGUUUUAGGUGCUGCUCUGUGGAUGUCUAUUGCGUUCCGAUUAUGGUUUAUGAGAGAUUCAUUAGUCUUCGUCAACGUUCACAUCAUUCUGAAUGGUGUAAAAAAAGCCUGUGAAUUGAAUUCAAAUAUUGAUAGCCAUGAGAACUAAAAUCGUCGCUAGUGCCUGUGGAUUGCAAUCGUCGACUGCAAAAAUGUGACUGCAAAUGUGAGUCACAUUUGGGUGAUCUCACGAAUUAUGGCAUUCUGUGAACUGGUGUACAAAAUAUCUGCACAGUUAGUUAUUGACUUGUGUGAAUCGGAUGUAAGCGUCUAACCUGUUUGAUGAUAACAGUUCAUGUUGGGUGUGUAUGUGUAUGUGCUGAUAGUAACGUAAGUGAUACGAUUUCGAAACACACAUUCACACGCAUUCCGGGCUGAAAUGACGCCGUUGAUACAAGUAGUAUGUCUCGGUUCAAAACAAAAAUAGUGCCGUUCAUGCUGGAGAUAAUGAAAAUUUUAUCUACCUACAAAGUUGAAAUUGUGAUAACAAUUGUUCUGGGUUUCAGUGCGAGCUAAAUAAAUAUGUGUGUUGAGAGUAAACUGUGAAUAAUCUCUUUCGAGAAAAUUGUAGAGUGAAGAAUAAAAGAAUGGUAUGUUCGUUCUUGAAGAAACAUCAUGAAGAAGCCAAUGCAAUUGAAAGUGAAAUGUUCAACGAAACGAUGGUCUCCUUGUUAUGACCGUUAUCAUCAUUCCCAUCGCUGUUCAUAUGUAAUAGUCACAGAGAAACAACCGUGAAUACGUGUAGUAACAUGGUCCAUUCCGCUGACUGUAAUUAUAAAACAUAGUGUAUGUACCUGAGCCGGCAUAUAUUAAAGAAUUAUAUCGCAUUUUCUGAUAUACGAGAAGUGGUAUGAAAGCACCAGACUGAAACUCAAGGCAAAUUUGUUUUGCAACCACUUACGUUUUACAUAUUCUUCAUUGCUGUUAUAAACUGCAUAGGCUGAACUAUUGUAAGUUCAAUGAGAGAGUCAAGUAAAAAUUACUAAAUUUAUUGGAAAACUGCUAAAAGCAAAAAAAUAGCAAAAUAAAAACACUUGAGUUAUAAAUGGAGAUGAAAUCUUACUGAUUACUGACAGAAUGUGUCAUCUAUCAACAACUUCCAAAAGUUGUCAUGUGAUAGUCUUUUGAUGCAAGAAAAUCAAGAGACAGACCAUUUAAAUGUUAUCGACGAGUUAUUCUUGUAGACCAUGAUAAAUUAACUACUGUGAUUAUAUUAUCACCGUGAAGUUACAGUUUAAUAGAGAUAGUGUGGUGGGUUGAUAACCUAUAACUAUAGGUCUAUUUAAUCUAUGGUGUUUUGGUGUGUUCUAUGUGAGCAAAAGUAAGAUUACUGGAAAUGCCUAUCACCAAGGUGAAAGCAGCGAAUGCAACUGGAUGCAAUGGGAAGAAAUUAUCCGCGACUACUGCUGAUCCUAGAAUUAACAUCACACACCAACUCAACCUAGUUAACGAGACAAAUAUUGCAUCCUCAGGUGUGUCUUCAUCUAGUUUGAAUGCUCGUAAUGGAAGACCAGGGAGUGGACUUAGUCUCAGUGUAUUAGACCUCGCAGCAAUCCGUAAAAUACUUGAAAAUGAAACCGGCGGGGCACUCUGUCCCAGUUGUCAAAUGCCCUUCGAUAAGGGCAAGAAAAGGAAGCUGAUAGAUACUUGCGGACAUGAACGCUGUUACUCAUGCAUGUUUCGUAACGAAAUCUGCUCGAUCUGCCAUCCGGCUACACAGGAUAUCGAUCAAGAAAUAUUAUCCGGGAACAGUGGCUAUUUGAGCAGAAAGAUGCAUGAUUACGAUACCGGAAUCGGCAGUACUACAACACUGCUGAGUCCAUUCGGUUCACCUCGACCUGUUUGCAAAUCGCAAAAUAAACUAGGAGGGAAUUCCUCGCAAAUCUACAAGACUCCAAGUGAUCUCAUGUCAUCGGAUGUGUACAAACUGAAGGAUCGACCCCCACGAUGUCCAACUGGCACCGGAAAGCCAGAACCACACUACGCUAGCAUUUCAAAUACUGCCUUUGGAUUCGGCAUGAAGAUGUCACAACGAAAUGCCCUUAAUAGCAGCAGUGAGAUUUCAUCCAGCGCGUGCGCUACUCCACCGCAAAAUAGAAGACGCCUCUUUAGUCCUAAGAAUCUACGAAGUCCGUUUGGUUACCGCCGAAGUAAUGCAACAACAGAUAACUCAACAAUGUCCGGCUUGGCGUCUCUUCUGAAUCCGGCAUUUUAUCAUCGGGCAGCAACCGCAGGAACCAGCAAUUUACGUUCAUCGACUGGCUCACCCACCGUUGAAAUCACUCCGGCAACAACUGCAACCGUCAACAAAAGGCAACGAAACGCUAAUGAUAGCCAUAAAUUUCAUCGACUCAGCUUAGGCACUGCGUCGAUGGUUUUUGGCAAAAUUAAAUCCCUCUGGUCAGCGCAAACGUCAACGGCCAACGCCGGACUGAAUCAAUUAGCAGAUGACGAAGGAGGCAACGUAAAACCUAUGUUGCUCAAUACCAAGUCCAAGUCGUCGCAGGACGAGCUACAGGUUCGGCUCGGACUUUUUCUUGAGAAUAACCCCCGUCACAAUAUACGUGCCCCGAUUCAGUCAUGUAGCUCACUCACCUCUACAAACACCAGUCCUGUGUCAACCCUGACGGGAUCAUCGGAGGCUGAUGUUUCGCGCAAUUUGCAGCUACAAGAAUCAAACCACUACGCUGCUGGUUGUGAAUCCAUUGGUUCUAUGAUGUCGGUGUCGAUUUCAGAACAAAGCAACGCAUCAUCGAGUCCAUUGAGCAGGAGACAUUCAGUAACCACGUCUCAAAGCGGUGGCCACAUUGAUGAUCUUACACUUUUUAAGACCCGAAAAACUACGGCCCGACGUUCAGCUCGAUCUGGUCAAAUCAAAGGACCUAUUGAUCCUAAAAUCCGCUUUGCUCAAUACCGCCAACAGCAGCAAUUAACACUCAAACCACUGUUCUUUGAAGUACCCACACAAGAGCCUGAUCCUCUAUUUGUCGGUCGACACUGGUUGGUGCGAGAAUUGGCCAAUGCUGUUCAGUCAACUGAUUCGCCGGGAAUUUUACUCAGUGGUAAUUUGGGAACAGGCAAAACAGCUCUUCUGCUGCAGUUGGUUGAGUAUUCCUGCUUUGGAAGAAGGAAAGAAAUACCUAUUCAGGAAAAUGAUGGUAUAUACUGCCAAAUCAAUGUAGCACAUGAUCGAUUACGUAGUCUUGCUUCCCAUGUGGUUGCUUAUCAUUUCUGCCAAGCUGACAAUAAUUCUACUUGCCUUAUACCGGAUUUUAUCCACUCGUUAGCAGCCCAGUUGUGCCAAGCACCUCAAUUGACCGCCUAUCAUGAGUUCUUGCUUGGGGAGCAGGCUCUCCAGAAUGUUCUUAGCGUCAAGGAAUGUAUAGCAGAUCCAGAGCGGGCAAUGGUAAUGGGUAUUUUAGAACCUCUUUCUGCUCUUAGAAGAGUAGGGAAACUACCCCCGAAAAAUUGUGUCAUCUUAAUUGACGCUUUAUGUGAAGCUGAAUAUCAUCGGCCAGACCACGGCGACACAAUUGCAUCUUUUCUACAGAAAAUGACCGAACAUUUUCCUUCGUGGCUCAAGGUGAUCGCUACCAUACGAACGCAAAUGUUAGAGUUCACGCGGGGACUGGCGUACACGAAAAUGACACUCGAUAACUGGAACAGUAACGAAGGCCUGCAGAAAGACAUUCUCGAGUACAUCACAUUCCGUAUCAAUCAAAGUUCCAGUAUUCAGCAUAAUAUUGCCGGAGGAAAGGAGAUUAUCAAUACCAGCUUGCAUUUUAAGUUCGCUCAUCAUUUGCUCACGUUAACAAAAGGUUCCUUCCUGUACGCUAAGCUCACGUUAGAUCUGAUCGAGCGUGGUAACUUGGUUAUUAAGUCGAGCAGUUUUAAGGUGUUGCCAGUUUCCUUGGCGCAAAUAUUUCUACUUAAUUUUAACCUCCGGUUUCCAACAUCAACCGCAUACGACAGGAUCUCCAGCAUACUGAGUGUGUGCCUAGCGGCUCUGUAUCCUCUAACGCUGACAGAAAUUUUCUAUUCAGUCAACGCAUUGACCGUUGAAGGCGAAGGCGGUGAGCUCAUUGAUUGGGGCGAGUUUCUAUGUCGAUUUAAAACCCUUACCGGGUUUCUAAUAAAAAGAAUAGACAAUACGUAUAUGUUCUUUCAUCCAUCAUUCAGGGAAUGGUUGAUUAGACGUGAUGAUGGAGAAAGCAUAAAAUUCCUCUGCGAUCUUAGGAACGGCCACGCUGGUAUAGCACUACGCCUCUCACGUUUACAAGUUCCUCUUGACGCAGAACAAACCUUGGAGCUCGGUCAUCACGUUUUAAAAGCCCACCUUUACCGUGCUGCUCCACAGCAUCAAUCGCCAAGAGAUCUACAAUCUUACUGGGUUGCCUCGGUAUCAUCCUGUGUUUCAUCUGCGCUAUGCACAUUGAGAAAUGUCUAUAAUCCUAACAUUAAGGUAUCGCGGCUACUUCUGCUAGCUGGAGCAUCACCAGAUCAUGUCACCGGUUUUCUUGGAAAUGCUACCGCCCUAUGUAUAGCCUCUCACGAGGGAAUAGUGCCAAUGGUAAACCUCUUGUUGGAGUUUGGAGCUAACGUUGAAAAAACGAACAGUCAAGGAUGUACUCCAUUAAUUUUGGCAUCUGCGAAAGGUCAUUGCGAUGUUGUACGACAAUUAGUGGCUGCCGGUAGUGCUCUGGGCCAAACCGAUACCUCUCAACGGUGUGCGUUGGUGCACGCAGCUAUAACAGGAAAACUAAAAGUGGUCAAAUAUUUAGUUGCAUGUGACUGGAACGUAAGGGCUGAUAGUAACGACGUAACGCUGGAACAAGCAGCACAGCAAGCGCUGAUUGCUGCGUCCGGUCAGGGCAACACGGAAAUAGUAGAAGAUUUUCUAGAUAUGGGCGAGGUACAAGUGAAUCGAUUGGAUGUUAUAACGGGAGAAACAGCGCUAACGACCGCUUGCUUGAAUGGGCAUACUGAAACGGCAACUAUUUUGCUAAGUCGAGGUGCUACAACAGAUAUCAGAAACAGAAAAGAUCUAUCUCCAUUACUAAUAGCAGUCAAGGAGGGGCAUUGGGCAAUAGUGGAGCGGUUACUGCAGAAUCAAACAGAUGUUGAACAGACGGAUUCCAAUGGCAAGACAGCAUUGAUGGUAGCAGCAGAAGAAGGUCAUGUUGGGAUCAUAGAACUACUACUCAAUAGAGGAGCAUCACUAACCACUUUAGAUAAGGAUGGUUUAACAGCCCUCAGUUGGGCAUGUCUCCGCGGGAAACAGCAAGCUGCCAAAUGCCUGUUAGAAAGGAACGCCGAUAAACAACAUGUCGAUAGCACGGGCAGAACACCACUCGAUCUAGCUGCCUAUCAGGGAUCUGCCGCGUUGGUUCAAAUGUUACUGGAUCAUGGAGCACAAAUAGAGCACGUGGAUGUAAAUGGGAUGCGCCCUUUGGACCGCGCAAUAGCUUGUCGAAAUGUUCAAGUAGUACAAGUCUUUCUGAAACGUGGUGCCAAGUUGGGACCCGCAACAUGGGCCAUGGCUAAUGGUAAAUCGGAAAUAAUGCUGAUAUUACUGAAUAAACUCCUUGAAGAUGGUAACACGUUGUAUCGUAAAAAUCGUUUGCAAGAGGCUUCUCAUCGCUAUCAGUAUGCUCUGAAGAAAAUUCCCGCAUCGCAUACUCUCCAUAUAAGCAGUAAUAAUGUAAAUAAAGUGGAACCUGAUACGAACAACAAUGCAUCCAAUAGUGCAACAUUCAAACAACUUAAAUUCAAUUUCUUACUCAACCUCUCACGUUGUAAGAGAAAAAUGAAUGAUGCAAUGGAAGCUAUCGAACUCGCAACACAAGCUGUUGAAAUCAAACCUAAUGCUUACGAUGGUUACUAUGCUAGGUCGAAGGCUUCAAUGGAAUACGGAAAUUUCAGUGAAGCACUGAAAGAUGCUGGAACUGCAUUGACCAAAUGCCACUCCGCCUCAUUAGAAAUUCGAGAAACACUAACACGCCUGCAUAGUGAUCUGCAAAAGCGUCACAUGAAUGCAAUAUCGCGAACAAGCAACGCAGAACCAUUGGCCAUGGGCGGCACCGAAAUUAGGUCUGGUUCAACUCACAGCAGUCGCUCAAUUGGCGAACCGGUGGAUGAAAUCACGGAUUUAUAAAUAAUGCUGGCCGCUCUUUAAAUAACAGGUUUCAGUUAGAAAUAAUAAAAAUGUGAAAAAACGUAAAACCGAAAAAGACUAAAGAAAAUUAUCAUUCGCAAUGCAAUAAACGCCUUAAUCAGCUUCCUUCAUAGUUUUACAAUAAUAAUCAAAUUAAUUAGAAACUUUUACAUAUACUUGAUUGCACUGAAAGUGCACAACAUACUACUGUAACGAACAAUUCCUUAGGAUGCAACAAAGUGUGGAACAUAUUAAGAAUAGCAAUAAAUAUUUAAAGCAGCAGAUCCUUAAUUAAAUUAUAACAUAAAUUAUUCCAAUAUAGGUUGAUGCAUUUUUGGAAUGUAACAAGGUUUGGAAAAAGACCAUUUUUGUAAAUACGAAUCAUUUUAUUUUCUUCUAAGGUACUAUUUAUCAGGUAGGAUAACGAUAUACUUUUUUGGUUUUAAUCAUACUUAGCGAUGAGGUAAAUUAUUUUAUGAAUACUUGUAACUGACGUUUCUUUAACUUUGUACAACUUGAAAAAACUAGAAUAAAAAGAAUAUAAAAUUAUA